ACACUAUAACAUAGUGAAAUAGCAAGAUCAAGAAGGAGAAGAAGAAGAAGAAGAAGAAGAUGGGAGAUUGGGGUCCAGUUUUUGUGUCUGUGGUGCUUUUCAUUCUGCUGACUCCAGGGCUUUUGGUUCAGAUUCCAGGAAGAGGCAGCUUCAUAGAGUUUGGAAACUUCCAAACAAGUGGCUUAUCAAUAUUGAUCCAUGCUAUCUUAUACUUUGCUCUUGUUUGCAUCUUCAUGUUAGCAGUUGGGAUUCACAUGUACAUGGGCUAAGUCAUCAUCGUUAUCCCAUGUAUACACUUUUACUAUAUACUUUUCUAGUUUUGCUUCUGUCUCCUUUCUGUUUAAGGAUGUCAUUUCUUUUCCUUGUAACGCCCUUUUUUCUUCAUCUUUCAAUAAAUUUCUUGGAAUCAAGCUUGUGAAUUAAUGAGGAGAACUCAGUUUUUGAUCUU